CUUCAUUCCUUCACGCUAACACCUAAAACCCCUAUUCAUCACUCCCGCUCAAUUUUCACGCUAACACCUCAAAAAGAAAGAAAAACAUUGAAUCAUAGUUUCAGGCUUACUGCGCUAGCCGCCUUCAACUUUCUUCUCCAACGUUCAGAUCGACGAAAAGCCUCUUCUGCGCCGCCUCCAUCUCUUUUCCCCCGCCAUCUCACUUGCCGACGAACAAAUUCUCGCCCGUAUCUCAUGAUCUGUUGCCUUUGUCACGCUUGCCUCCAAAUCUAAAACCCUAGGUAGUCGCCGCCGCCGCCUCAAUCUCCUCCGAUCACCGCCACCUCGCGUUGGAGCCCCCGAGGCGGAACAACAGCAAGACCUUGCCCGCUCUACCUUGCUCCGCACUGCCUUGUUCUGCUCCGGUCCGCCGUGCUUCGCUGCCGCUCCCAUCUUCUCCGGCCGCCGUCACCCCUCCUCAAAGGCCAUCUGCCAUUGUGGCCGUGAGCUUCCGGUGAGGCUGCCGCUGUACAAGGACGCCCAGGUGUACGACGUGGAUUUCGGGUGGGGCAGCCCGGAAAGCGUGCGGAGCGGCCUCAAUAACCGCUUCGAUGGGAUGGUGUAUCUGUACCCGGGAAAGAGUGGGGGAGGGAGCAUUGAUGUGGAGAUCAGUUUGGAAGCUAAGACAAUGGAGAAGCUCGAGAAGGAUAACGACUUCUUGCUCCACCCUUGAUCCAUGCUCAAAACUCUCGCCCUCUCUCUCUUAUGUUAAGUGUUUACUCACUUUGCCUCUCUCUAUGUGUGCCUCUUCACAUCUAUUUUGUAGUGGAAUUCAGACGAAUUAUCUGCUUUAAUUUCAUUUUCAUUAAUAACCAGAUUUAUCUACGCUAUUUCAAUGUCUUUCAUAUAAAUGUGAUCACAUCAAUUUGUAUGAUCUUCAAAAUUCCAGUAUGUAUAUGUGAUUGAUGGUUGAGAUGAUAGUUCAGAAAUGAACGUAAUCACGCCUUUUCAAAAAUUGUCUUUUAAUGUUUGGUAUUGUUCCUUUGUAGAAAAUCAGCAAUAGGAAUAAAGAGAAUAGAUCAAAGUUACAGAUGAAUCAUGCAUGCGGAACAAAAUCUAUUGCGCAGUUUUGCUACGAAGAGCGUGACAAUGAAACUGGAGAGGAGCCUAGUCGCACAACUACAUGGAGAUUGAGCCGUUAUAGUAACACGAAAAAGAACUGGAUCGAUGAGGCCUCAAAGGAAGUUUAUGUAAUUGCAAGCUUUUGUCAAGAAGAUGAAGCUUUUGUCAAGGUUCUUGGUGAGGAAAAAUCGAGCGGACUUCGAGGAUGUGGAGAUGGAUUGAAGCCACCAUCCAAAAGAGGAGAGAGGAUUAAUCUUGAUUUGCAAAAAGAGAAUGAAGAGCUGAAGAAAAAGAAUGAAGAGUUGGCCUCUCGAUUUGAGUCUUUAGAAGCUUAAAUUAACGUGAACACGUAUUUACUUGAACAAGCUUCCGCAUCAAUUUUGCAAUUCGAUUCUAUUGUUCUUAUAAAUAAACGUGAUCACACUGUUUUUUAAAUAAGCUUCUACAUCAAUUUCAUAAUUCAUUUAUUAGAAAUAAA